CUGGCAACCCCGUGAAGCCUGCCAUCAUCCCGGUCUUAACAACUGACUAGCUGAUGAUUACCACCAAUAGUUGAUAUAUUCCCGGCGCCUUCGCAUCACUUUACAAGGUUAUCAUGGCUCAGCAGCCUGAUGAUACUGUCUCUGUGAAGGGCCACAGCUUUGAUAGCCACACCUUUCAUCACCACUCAGAGGAGAGUCUAGACAGGAUCUACAUGGACUACAAUGCCACCACACCUCUGGAACCAGAAGUGAUCAGCGCAAUUUCUGAAGCCCUAAAGGAAGCAUGGGGAAACCCGAGUAGCAACUACAUAGCAGGUGCCAAAGCCAAGGUGAUCAUUAAUCAGUCCAGAGAAAAUGUGGCAAGAAUGGUUGGAGGUAAAGCAGAGGACAUCAUUUUCACCUCAGGUGGAACCGAGGCCAAUAACCUGGUGUUUCACACGGCUGUGGAGCACUUCAGGAGGAGCUGCAGCGCUACAGAACAAAAUGAGGACAAGAGGCAUUGCCAAAAUGGAAGCGAUAGCCUUCCUCACAUCAUCGUUUCUAAUGUGGAGCAUGACUCGGUCAAACUAACAGCUGAACGCCUGCAGCAAGAAGGCAAGGCAGUUGUGACAUUUGUUCCUGUUUCCAAGGUGACAGCCCGUGUGGAGGUGGAGGAUAUCAUUGCUGCAGUGCGGCCCACCACUUGCCUUGUCUCCAUAAUGCUUGCCAAUAAUGAGACAGGAGUCCUCAUGCCAGUCCAAGAGAUCUGCCAGAGAAUAAAAUCUCUCAACAAGCAGCAUCAGCAGUGCAGGAUCCUCCUCCACACUGAUGCUGCCCAGGCUUUGGGGAAAAUACCAGUAGAUGCCUGUGACCUGGGAGUGGAUUACCUAACCAUUGUUGGACACAAGUUCUAUGCCCCGCGGAUUGGUGCCUUAUAUGUGAAUGGUCCUGGGACAAGAACGCCGUUAUAUCCGAUGCUGUUUGGAGGAGGACAAGAGAGGAACUUCAGACCGGGCACUGAGAACACACCAAUGAUUGCUGGUUUGGGAAAGGCUGCAGAGCUAGUGAUGUCCAAUCUGUCAGAUUAUCAAAGUCACAUGCAAACUACCAGACUUUACUUGGAAGAACGGCUAAGGGCUGUCUUUAGGGAGAAGAUCCACUUCAACAGCCAUUUCCCCAGCUCUGAUAUCCUUCCCAACACAUGUAACGUGUCCAUUCUGGGUCCAAGAUUACAAGGCCGGAAGGUAUUGUCCAAAUGUAUGAGGUUGUUGGCCAGUGUUGGUGCCACGUGCCACUCAGACAGUGGGGACAGGCCUUCCCAUAUCCUUCUGAGCUGUGGCAUACCUGCAGAGGUAGCAGCUAAUGCCUUGCGGCUGAGUGUGGGUCGGUAUACAUCAAAAGCAGAUGUGGAUACUGUGGUGGAGGACCUAAGGAACACGGUGCAACUGCUGGAAGAAAUGGACUGAUGGCCUUUUUGUACAUAAACUACCAUUUGGGGUUAAAAAAAAAAAAUGGAUGUAGACAAUCAAGACUGCACCAUGUGUGCUUAAUGUACAUAAUGAAAAGCAAUGUAAUAUUUUCCAUAAUUUCAUCAUGUAAAAUGAAUUAAAUGAUUAAAUGUUUGACAUAAAUAAUACAAAGGGAAAAAACUGACUUGAGGAGUGAUGGUUAUGGAGGGAUGGAUUGAUUUACUCAGUUGAAUGACCAUCAGCUUCCAUGACAAUGUCAUAUGAGUAGCUAAUCAGCUAAUCGUCUCUUCUGGUAAUGGGGAGACGCAAAUGUGUUAUUGAAAUAAAAUAUUUAUAAACACUUAAAA